CUUCUUCUUCCCAUCUCUGUCUGUCUCUGCCGGUGUGAAUCUUGAGGAAGGCGACCAUGAAGAGGCAGAGGCCCACGCCGCUUCCGUCGUCCCCGGGUGGCGGCGGCAACAACGCCACCACCGCCCUCUUCGACCUCCUGUCCGAGGAGAUCGUCUUCCUGGUCCUCGACUUCCUCGACCGGGACCCGCUCGACAGGAAGUCCUUCUCCCUCGUCUGCCGCUCCUUCCGCUCCCUCGAGUCCCGCCACCGCAAGCUCCUCCGCCCCCUCCGCUCCGACCACCUCCCCGCCGCCCUCGCCCGCUACACCAACGUCUCCGCCCUCGACCUCUCCCUCUGCCCCCGCGUCCCGGACGCCUCCCUCGCCGCCAUUGCCGCCGCCUGCGGGGACGGGCUCCGCUCCCUCGACCUCUCCAAGUCCAGGUUCUUCUCCGGCGCCGGCCUGAUGAGCCUCGCCGCCGGCUGCCGCAACCUGGUCGAGCUGGAUCUGUCGAACGCCACCGAGAUGAGGGACUCCGCCGCCGCGGCGAUCGCGGAGGCCAAGAACCUCGAGAAGCUGUGGCUCGCGCGGUGCAAAUCCGUGACGGACAUGGGGGUCGGGUGCAUCGCGGUGGGCUGUCGGAAGCUGAGGUUGCUGAGCCUCAAGUGGUGCUUGGGGGUCGGUGAUCUCGGGGUCGGCCUGGUCGCCGUUAAAUGCAAGGAGAUUCGGAGCUUGGAUUUGUCUUAUCUUCCGAUCUCGAAUAAGUGCCUCCCCUCCAUUAUGAAAUUACAACAUCUAGAAGAAUUGGUCCUUGAAGGGUGCUUUGGCAUCGACGAUGAGUGCCCCGUGGUCCUCAAAGAUGGCUGCAACUCACUAAAGGCACUUGACAUGUCAAGUUGUCAGAAUAUCACUCAUGUUGGAUCAUCUUCCAUUACUAAUGGUGCGGGGUGCAUACAGCACCUUACCUUAGCGUACGGCUCACCGGUGACUUUUGCUCUUGCUGCUAGUUUGAGAAGGCUUUCCAUGUUGGAGUCGUUAAAGUUAGAUGGUUGCCUGGUGACAAAUUCUGGACUGAAGGCCAUUGGGAACUGCUGUUUGUCACUCACAGAGCUGAGCUUAAGUAAAUGCUCUGGAGUGACAGAUGAUGGGCUCUCCUUUCUUGUAACCAAACAUAAACAACUCAGAAAGCUUGAUAUUACGUGCUGUCGCAAGAUAACUGAUGUUUCAAUCGCUCACAUUACAAGCUCCUGCCCUGCUCUUACGUCGCUAAGGAUGGAGUCUUGCACCCGUGUUCGUAAGGAGGCAUUUGUUCUGAUUGGACAGCGAUGCCAUGCUCUUGAGGAGCUUGACCUUACAGAUAAUGAAGUCGACGAUGAAGGUCUAAAGUACAUUGCCAGGUGUUCGAAACUCUCUAUUUUGAAACUUGGAAUUUGCCUGAACAUAACUGAUGAAGGGCUUUCUCAUAUUGGCAAAUCAUGCUCAAAACUUGUGGAGCUUGACUUGUACAGGUCAGCUGGAAUAACAGGGUUGGGGAUUCAUGAAGUUGCUCGUGGCUGCCCUAGCCUCGAGACGAUCAACGUAUCAUAUUGCAAUGACAUUAUGGACACCUCCUUGAUCGCACUAUCAAAAUGCGAGAGGCUGAACACCUUAGAAAUCCGAGGGUGUCCACUCAUCACAUCUUUAGGUCUAGUGGCAAUUGCCGUCUGCUGCAGGCAACUGAGCAAGCUUGACAUAAAGAAGUGCUGCAACAUCGAUGAUGGUGGCAUGAUUCCGCUGGCUCAUUUCUCUCAGAACCUCAGACAAAUAAAUUUGUCCUACACAUCUGUCACAGAUGUGGGGCUACUGUCCCUUGCCAGCAUUAGCUGCCUUCAGAGCAUGACCAUCUUGCAUUUGAAGGGCUUGACCCCCAGUGGACUGGCAGCUGCAUUACUAGCAUGUGGAGGCUUAACCAAAGUGAAACUCCAAGCCUCCUUUAAACUGGUGCUACCGCAGCCUCUUUUCGAACACUUGGAAGCGAGGGGCUGUUUGUUUCACUGGAGAAAUAAGGUGCUUCAGGCUGAAUUGGAUCCUAAGUGUUGGAAACUACAGCUGGAAGAUGUCAUGCAGUGAAGUUCGAAGAUUUUGGAAACAAGAAUGCCAAGGAUUUUCGAUCAGCGGGCAACAUGUCUCUACUGCUCAAGGAUGCAAGAUUCCAUGUCCGUUGAGAGGAUUAGCAGUUUGUUUUUCGAGAUGAAGGUCGACCGAAUCGAUAGAAAGUCGCUCUUUCUUGGUGGUAAACCACCCGGUCCGAGUCUCGACAUUUUCCAGUUUCAUGUAUUUUUACCAAAAGUCAAGUGUAUUAUUUGUGUCCCUGCAGCUUUGAAGAUGAGCGCUGCUCGUUGUACAAAGGUUGACCUUUAGCUAAAA